AUGUUUACUGACAGCAUGAAAAUGAACUCCAGUAAUUUGACACCAUCUCAAAUGUCAAAGAUGAGUACAAGAACAAGUGGGGGUCUAGAGGAAUUUAUGUGGGCUAUGAAAAUAUCAGACAUCAGUUUCGACUCUGUCACAUAUACAAAGAAGACCAUUGAGAAGUCUGUCACUUUCAAGAUCAACAACCAGUCUCCACUGCGAUCCACAACACCAAUGUCUACCAUUGAUCCUGCUGAUUCUAUCCAGUCCUCUGGCACCCCCAGCCAGGAGAAAGAAAGAGAGAAAGGAUGGGAUGAGAUGGAUGAGGAAGAGGAGGAGAUGAAGAAGUUGGAAGGAAGAAAAGAUGGUGCUCGAGACGAGGAUAGACCAAGCCCAUACCCACCAGCACACACCGUCUCUAUUGCCCCAUUCAACCCAACACCAGCUCGUCCCCAACGACCCGCAACAUCUAGUAUACGGCCCAGUGACACCUCCCAUCGUGACCACUACGUUACCCAAGCCCAUUCCCACCCCCACCAUGCCAUUCUCGUCGCCCAUGCACCAAAUGCUACGGACACCAGCAUCACCAAUGGCCAGACCACCAUCUGCAGCCCCAGCUCCACUCCACCAGCACACAGCAUCAUACGCGAACACCCAAUGGCACUAGAGAGUGGGAGGAAAGAGGUAGAAGAGAGGAACGAGAGGAAGAGGAGGAGAGGUCAGGAGGAGAGAAAGAAGAGAACAAGGGAGAACUGCAGGGCAAGGAACGUGUCACCAAGGCCAACGACCCACCCCAACGCCAUGCCACCAUCCUUGGACCAUUACCAACAGCAUGCCCAAAUCACUGCAGGCAUUUUCCUAUUUUUCUCCAACAAACAUCCAAAAAAAUAUUGA